UGCAUUCGCAAAAAUCUUCUUCGAAUUAAAUAAAAAAUAUAAAUUAAAAUAAAUAGGUGUGAUGGGAAAUUGUCUGAGGAAAAGAUCCGCCGCCGUGGAAUGGGGCGGCGAUGACUGGGGUUCCUUCGGCGCCGGCGGCGGAAAUCCGCCGCCGGGAGAUGAGGCGGAGAAAUUGAGUGUAUCGUCGACGUCGUCUUCGUUGAUAGAAGGUAAGGAGGUGAAGAUCAAGAUCUCGAAGAAGCAGCUGGAGCAGGUGCUGAAGACGGCGGAGAUUGAGGGCCUGUCGGCGCAGCAGGUGUUGGCGAAGUUGAUCGACGGCGGCGGCGAUGAUCAGUUCUCGGCGGCGCAUCAACGGUCGUGGAAGCCCGAUCUGACGAGCAUUCCGGAAUGAUUAACGGCGAGGAUGGUUUGAGGGCAAUUCGGUCAUUUCCAUGUUGCUUCUGAUUUGUAGAGAUAUAUGAAUACGUAUGUUGUGAUGGCAGGAUUGGGAAAAUGAAUGAAUUGAAGGAUACAUGGGUAGAAUUUUUGGGUUAAAAAUAUUUUUUUAGGGUUCUGUAAAUAACAAAUUGUAGCAGUUUUUUUGUACACUACAUAUGUUCUUAUUUUAUUUUAUUUAUUUUUACCAUCUA